AUGGAAAGCUCAAUUGGAGCGAGGCAAUGGCCUCGACUCAUAUAUACAAUAGCACUUUGCUUAAUUGCUUUUACUACUUUUGCUAUUGCUGAUGAUGAUAAGCCUUACUAUGGAGGCCAAUAUCCAUACAACAACUAUCCUCAACCACCUUACACUUACAAACCACCUCCAUAUAAUACCUAUCAAUCUCCACCCCCAUAUGCUUAUAAAUUCCCUCCAUAUAACAAUUAUCAAUCUCCACCACCUUAUGAAAACAAAUUUCCUCCAUAUAAUUAUCAAUCUCCUCCUCCAUAUGAUAAUAAAUUUCCUCCAUAUUACUAUAAAUCUCCACCAUCUCCUUAUUUCGACAAAUUCCCUCCAUAUAACUAUAAAUCUCCACCUCUACCAUCACCAUCACCACCACCUCCUUAUGUCGAUAAAUUUCCACCCUAUUAUUACAAAUCUCCUCUUCUACCAUCUCCAUCACCACCACCUCCUUAUCUCUACAAAUCACCACCCCCUCCACCAUAUAUUUACAAGUCUCCUCCUCCACCAUCACCUCCUCCACCAUACGUCUAUAACAGUCCACCUCCUCCAUAUGUUUACCCAUCACCACCUCCCCCACCUUAUGUUUACAAAUCUCCUCCUCCACCGUCUCCAUCACCACCCCCUCCAUAUAUUUACAAAUUUCCACCUCCUCCAUCUCCUUCUCCACCACCUCCAUAUGUAUAUAUUAGUCCACCACCUCCAUAUAUUUACAAUUCACCACCACCCCCUUCACCACCCCCUCCAUAUGUCUAUAAGUCACCACCUCCUCCACCAUACGUAUACAAUAGUCCACCUCCACCCUCACCACCACCUCCAUAUGUCUACAAAUCUCCUCCACCACCAUACCCCUCUCCUCCUCCACCAUAUGUGUAUAAGUCACCACCACUUCCAUCUCCUUCACCACCUCCUCCAUACGUAUAUAAGUCUUUACCCCCUCCAUAUGUUUAUGAGUCUCCACCAUAUAUCUAUAAACCCCCAACACUACCUCCAUAUGUUUAUAAAUCUCCUCCUUCAUCCUACAUCUAUGCACCCCCAUCACGUCCAUCUUAUUCAGCACCUCCUCCAUACAUUUACAAAUCUCCACCUACACCUUAUAAUCCUUACCUAUAUAGUUCCCCUCCACCACCUGUGUACUAA